AGCCCGGCCAAGCCACGAUGGAGAAGGGCGGCGCCGCAUCGGAGUCCGGCUUCGUGGAGCGACGUCGCCGCUCAGCAACAGCGAGCCGACGGCGUGCCCGUUCACUUCGUGUCGGUUAACAAGGUUCCGACGCAGGUGAUCUGCUACGGAGACCCCGGAAACCUGGCUCUGGACGCCGCCAAGCCCGUGGUUCUCGUCAUUCCAGGCAAUCCGGGCUCGAUCGAGUUCUACGCCGAAUUCAUGCGCGAGAUAUUCGAUGGCCUUAAGGGCAAGGUCGUCGUCUGGGGAGUCUCGCACGCUGGUCACGUGGCCCCGCCCAAGCCCAUGCAGAUACCCAACGUCGAAGACAAUCCGACGCUGUACUCGUGCGAGGGUCAGAUCGGCCACAAGCUCUCCUUCAUCAAGCAGUACAUUCCGAGCGGAGUGCCGCUCUUCCUGGUAGGACACUCCAUCGGGUGUCACAUGGUCCUCGAGAUACUCAAGAGGGCCCCAGAUCUCAAUGUGGUCAAGGCGUUCCUGCUGUUUCCGGCCAUCGAGAGCCUGGACGCGUGCCCUCGCGUGAGCCUGAUCAGCCCCCUGGUCACCUACCUGCGGCCGCUGACCGUGGCCUCGCUGUCCGCGCUGCGGUUCCUGCCGCGCGCCGUGCAGGACAUGCUCAUACGCUUCUACAUCUACCUCGCUACCGCGUGCACUACGCCGCACCGGACGUCGCUGAACGGCGCGCAGAACUACUUCCGGCCCGAGUGCCUCAUGGCCUGCUUCGUGUUCACGCGCGACAUCAUACAGAAGGUGCGCGAACGGGACGACGCCACCAUCGGGCGGCACGCGGACAAGCUGGUCGUGUACUACGGCCAGAACGACCACUGGAGUCCCGUCGAGUACUACGAGAACCUGCGCAGGACCUUCCCCGAGGUGGACGUGCGGCUCUGCGAGCGAGGCUUCCGGCACGCCUUCGUGCUCGACUGCAGCGUCGACGUGGGCGACAUGGUGCGCGGCUGGAUCGAGCCGCUGCUUUCCAGCAGCUAGCGGACGAGUGUCGUGAACGCCUCUCGAACUGGUGCUUCUUUUCGUAAUGUCACGUGCAUUGAAAGGUGUGACAUGCUGUCCCGUUUAUUUGCACCUCUGGACACAUUAAGAGUGGCAAAAGUUAUGGCGAUACUUGGAGCAGUUGUAAAUCAAAGUUCUAGAAGGACGUUAACUGCGAUCUGCGGAAAGUGACGGCAGGGGCAGUAAGUUGAGGUUUUGUCACCGUGUGAAUGGUGGCAAAGCGUUCCUAUCGCCCAAAGGCUAGCGGGCAUUGAGAAAGGGCUCGUACGAAACUGCUAAGGAUACGUGGUGCGAACGAAGAAAUCAAAGUUGACGAUGGUCUCGUGAAGCAGGGUCGUAAGCGUACCACCAUGGGCGGGCAUGGGGGGAAAGAGGGAGGUUCGUCGCAGCGCCCUCCUCUCUCUUAUGUCAAAAUAUAAAGCUAGCUUUGCGUCCCCCCCUCCUCCCCGCGUAGCAGCGCGCCCCCCGUGUGCACGCCUAUGCAUCUGACUGUUUAUAAGAUAUGAGUUCCAGGAAAUAAUGUGAUACGUUGGUUUUGCUGAAAAGAAGCCCUAAAGAUUUGUUAGGAGCCGUGACCAUGCGCCAGAUAUUUUUAUACAUUAGCCGUGCUGACUAAAUUCAGCGAUUAUAGGCUAAUAGUAUGGCUGGACCAAGUUUCCAAUGGACCGAUUAUGGAAAUAUUCCAGACGACGUGCGCUGGUCAAAUUAAAUAAGCGCGCUCGCCUCGUCUCCGUUGGUCGAAUGGGGCAGGCGUGACGUCAUGCAGGUGUGGAAGUAUAUGUUCGAGAUAGAUCGACUGAGGUGUCGCCUGUGCAUCGAAGUUGAUAAAGAGAAUAGUUCAGCCACCAGUUCAUGCGUGGCGGCUUUGCACCGUCUGCACUCAUGAUGAACAAAGCCCUGAGCUUAGCUAAUAAUUGCAAGCAUGGCUUGCAAUUAUGACUACGAUUUGCUUUCAUCUUUCCUGAUCAGUGUUCUACAGCACAGAAAAUGUUGAGAGUUGCUACCAUUUUAUUUUUGUAUGAUAAUCAAGAGCAUACAAAAUCCGCAUGGAAACACCUCGACAAUGCUAUCUCGCAGUUGCUCAUCAACUAUCAUCGCUGCCUGUAGUUAUAAAUUUUUGCCUAUUGUAUACGCCAAUCAGAGGGAAAUUUUUAUGUGGACCCAACACUCAGUGGAAUCACCAUGAGUAGCUUUCACUUACUCAUUAUCAUCGCUGUUACGAACUGUUUGCGACAAGUUGCUAAUACCGUUUACACAUUUCUCUGCACUGCCUCUACAUAUCAACUUCUUCCACGUCAUAAUCAAACCCUCACCACAUUACUUCUGGAUACUACAAAGAAACCUUCACGUUAAUAGAAACAUCACCAACAAAGCAGUCCCAUCGCCAGUAAAGCAAUUUAACAACAG